AUGUCGAAUUUAAAACGUUUUCGUCCGUCUGUUGAAUCGAUUUGUUCUUAUGCACAUUGUGUUGAAUCACCUAGUUCUAUUCCAUGUGCUCAUUGUUCGUUAACAUUUUGUUUACAUCAUCUUGUUGAACAUCAAACUGCUAUUGAUAAUGAACAUAAACGUUUGAUAACUACUAUUGAAAAUUAUCGAACACGUUUAAAAACAAUUGAAUUUCGUGAUAAUCGUUAUGAAUUAUUUCAACAAUUAAAUGAAUGGAAAACAAGUAUGAAUGAAAAUGUUGAAAAGAUAAAAAAUGAAAUUGAUGUGACUUAUGAACAAUGUGAUCAAGAAUUUCAUGGAAUAAAAGAAACGAUUUUAAAUAAUAUUGAUAAUGAAGAAAUGAAUUUAAAAGAAAUAUUAAUAAAUUUAGAACAAUCUUUACAUACACUUGAAUCAUCUUGUGUAGAAUUAAUUAUUUCAAAAACAAAUCCAACGAUUCGUUUAAUGAAACCGAAUUUAAAUUCAUCCGGUUUUUCUGAUUUACAAAAUAAAGUUCAGCCUGAUUUAGAUCGAUUUUUAUCAACAUCAGAAGUUAUUUUUUCACUUGAUUAUGAUCCAAAUGAUACAACUUUAUUUGCUACUUCAUCACAAUAUUUAAUUAUUUAUAAAUUAUCUCGUUCUAUAUUUGAAUUAUAUGAUAACAAUGGUCAACAUUUAAGUGAUAUUAAUUAUGAUCAUACACAUUAUGGUGAUCUUAAUCAAAUUACAUGGUCAUCGUAUGUUAAUGGAUUUCUACUUGCUACAUCGAAACAAUUACUUAAACUUAAUUGUACAACAAAACGUAUUGCACGUUAUAUUGAUAUUGGUUUCGGUUUUUUUAAGGAUAUAUGUGCUGGUGGUGAAUCAAUUCUUCUUGUUCAUAAUCUGGGGACAUCAUUAGGUGAUGUUAUCGAACAUUAUUCAAAUAAUCAAAUGAUACAACGUUGUUGGAAAUCAGAUUUAUAUCCAAAUGAAUCAAAUAUGAAAGAUAUUAUGGAAAUAUUUCGUAUUCGUAUGAGUAGUCAUUUAGUUGCUAUUGAUGCUUUAUUUACAGAUAAAAUUCUUGUUUGUGAUAUUCUUCAUGCUAUGAAAUGUCUCUUUCGAAUUGAUACGAAACAUUGUAGUAUUCUAUCGAUGUCACCAAUUUACGAUACGAAACAAUGGGUUUUAUUUGUUAUUGAUGAACAAAAUGAAUCUAGUCAACGACGAAUGUUGGUUAUCAAUGCUCAAGAAAGUGAUACACAACGACGAAUGCGUGAAAUCAAAUGUAGUAAUCUCUUACCAACAAAUAUUUGUUUUUUUGGUUCAAAACAUUUUAUUUUGACUCGUACUGAAAAUGACGAUGAAGAAAAUAUGUUAUUUGAAUGUCGAAAGAUGCAUAAUACUUUUUAA